UCUAUGGGUCUCUAUGGGUCUCUAUGUGUCUCUAUGGGUCUCUAUGGGUCGCUAUGUGUCUCUAUGGGUCUCUAUGUGUCGCUGUGUGUCGCUGUGUGUCGCUCUGUGUCCGUGUGUCCGUGCCGCAGUUCCGCCGCAGUCCGUUUCCAUCACGUGGUCUCCGCGCUCGGUGCGCGCGGGGCAGCCCGUGGAGCUGAGCUGCAGCGCCGGCAGCGCCCGCCCCUCCCCCACCCUGCGCUGGGAGCGGGGAGGAACCGAGCUCCCGGCCGAGCCCCUCCCCCCGCUGCCGUCGUCUUUCGGGGGGCUGACCGCGCGCUCCCGCCUGCGCCUGCUGCUGACGGCGGCGGACCAAGGGCAGCGCGUCACCUGCGUGGCCACCAGCCACCGCCUGGGGGCGACAGUGAGCGCCGAGCACCGCCUGCUGGUGCGGCGUGAGUGAGCCCAGCCCAUAAUAAGCGCGGCCCGUCAGAACCGCGGCCCGUCAUGAUCUACAGCCCGUAUUAACCACAGCCCGUCAUAACCACAGCCCGUCAUAACCACGGCCUGUAAUAACCCAUCAUAACCCACAACCCAUCAUAACCACAGCCCAUAAUACCCACAGCCCAUAAUAAUCACAGCCCAUAAUAAAUCACAGCCCAUAACAACCACAGCCCAUAAUAAAUCAUAACCCACAGCCCAUCAUAACCACAGCCCAUCAUAACCACAGCCCAUAAUAAAUCACAGCCCAUCAUAACCCGCAGCCCAUAAUAACCAUCAUAACCACAGCCCAUAAUAACCGCAGCCCAUUAUAACCACAGCCCGUAAUAAAUCAUACCCACAGCCCAUAAUAACCACAGCCCAUCAUAACCUGCAGCCCAUAAUGAAUCAUAACCAUAGCCUGUAAUAAAUCAUAACCCACAGCCCAUCAUAACCACAGCCCGUAAUAAAUCAUAACCCACAGCCCAUAAUAAGCACAGCCCAUAAUAAAUCAUAACCCGCAGCCCAUCAUACCCACAGCCUGUAAUAACCACAGCCCAUCAUAACCAUCAUAACCACAGCCCAUAAUAACCACAGCCCAUCAUAACCAUCAUAACCACAGCCCAUAAUAACCACAGCCACCAUAACCACAGCCCAUAAUAACCUCAGCCAUCAUAACCACAGCCAUCAUAACCACAGCCCAUAAUAACCACAGCCCAUAAGGAAUCAUAACCACAGCCCGUAAUAAAUCAUAACCUGCAGCCCAUUGUACCCGCAGCCCAUAAUAACCACAGCCCAUCAUAACCACAGCCCAUCGUACCCACAGCCCAUAAUAACCAUCAUAACCACAGCCCAUAAUAACCAUCAUAACCACAGCCCAUAAUAAUCACAGCCCGUAAUAAAUCACAGCCAUCAUAACCACAGCCCAUAAUAAAUCACAGCCCAUCAUAAUCACAGCCCAUCAUAACCACAGCCCAUAAUGACCAUCAUAACCACAGCCCAUCAUAACCACAGCCCGUAAUAAAUCAUAACCCACAGCCCAUAAUAAGCACAGCCCAUAAUAAAUCAUAACCCGCAGCCCACCGUAAGCACAGCCCAUAAUGACCAUCAUAACCACAGCCCAUCAUACCCACAGCCCAUAAUAAUCACAGCCCAUAAUAAAUCACAGCCCAUAAUAAAUCACAGCCCAUCAUAACCACAGCCCAUCAUGACCACAGCCCAUCGUACCCACAGCCCAUAAUAACCAUCAUAACCUGCUGCCCAUCAUAACCACAGCCCAUCAUAACCACAGCCCAUAAUAACCAUCAUAACCACAGCCCAUAAUAAUCACAGCCCGUAAUAAAUCACAGCCCAUAAUAACCACAGCCCAUAAGGAAUCAUAACCACAGCCCGUAAUAAAUCAUAACCCACAGCCCAUUGUACCCGCAGCCCAAAAUAACCACAGCCCAUCAUGACCACAGCCCAUCGUACCCACAGCCCAUAAUAACCACAGCCCAUCAUAACCACAGCCCAUAAUAACCAUCAUAACCACAGCCCAUAAUAACCAUCAUAACCACAGCCCAUAAUAAAUCAUACCCACAGCCCAUAAUAAGCACAGCCCAUAACAACCCGCAGCCCAUAAUGAAUCAUAACCAUAGCCUGUAAUAAAUCAUAACCCACAGCCCAUCAUAACCACAGCCCAUAAUAAAUCAUAACCCGCAGCCCAUCAUAAGCACAGCCCAUAAUAAAUCAUAACCCACAGCCCAUCAUACCCACAGCCUGUAAUAACUACAGCCCAUAAUAACCAUCAUAACCACA